AUGUUGGGAGGUUCAGCUGCUGCCAUACAUGAGGUUUUAGCACUUGUGAGAGACCAAAUAUCUGAAGGGAAAGAUAUGGCACCGCUCGUGCUGAGUGAAGGUAUGAUUCUGAUUGCCUUUGAAGCUGGUGGAGAUGAUUCUUAUGAUGCGGUGAGAUGGAGAUGGUUGACGCAGAUGGUUCUUUACAGGAUAUGCUGA